CUGCAAAGCCCCGAGGUGGAACUCGGGGUAGACACUCCGAUGCUUAAGUCAGCAAUAAUCGGGGCUACCUUUAAGGCGGAGAUAAGAAAAGCUUAAGAGUUUGAGAAAAUGUCUUCAGAAAGGACAGGAAGUGUAGUAGGGAGUGAGGUGAUGCCUCUGGACUAUGGGGGUAUGGACUCAGAGAGUAGUCCGUCUCCCUCUAGUUCAGAGAAGACGGUUGAAGGGGUGAGAGGGGAUGAGAUGGUGGAAGUUGGGAGGAACGAGGUGGUAGGGGUUGAGGGAGAUAACAUACCCAUCACUGUAGUAGAAGUAGAAGGUAGCGGGGAGAGAGGUUAUGAUGAGAGUGCCGAGAUAGUGGAGGAGGUAAAGCAGUACCGAUCUGAACUAAGGACCAGGGAUGACCUGUGUCACUUAGUAGAAACGUACGAGAUCUCUUCUCGGGUGUUAGUUAGGCCAGCUGGGGUAGAGGAGAGGGCGUGUUCUGCUCCUCGGGAUCACUGGAUGCCUGUGUAUUCCCACUAUUUGAUAGUGGGACUCAGGUUUCCACUUCCUGAGUUGCUAAUAGGUUUGCUAUUAAAUUACAACAUAGGGUUGACACAGUUGGUCCCCAACGCAAUGAGGGGAGGAAGUAGGAGGGAUAAGGGGUGGUAUUAUUUCACCCCUAGGGUAGCUAAGAAGGAGAGUAGGAUUUUAUUUACGGCGGGUCCUUCAUCCAUUAAGGGAUGGAAGAAAAAAUUCUUUUUUGUGGAUGACACGGAGUGGGGGAAGAGGGAUGCCGAGGUGAGGGCGUUAGCCUCUUGGAAGGCCAAAAGGGCCAACCAAAAUAAAUUUAGCUUGAAUGAGGAUGAGGAGGAAGAAGUGGGGAAGUUGGUGAGGAAGGGGGGAGAGGUGUUGAAUAUCAUUGACCUCACCAGCGCAGCAUGCAUAGAGGCUGCUGAGCUCUAUGGGCCAAGCGCUCUGAGUGAAGCUGAAAUGGAUCAAUUUUUGAAUACUGCUGGAGGAAAGGCUAUCCCCAAGAAGCCAAGGAUGAAGUCAAGGACUUCAACCAAGCAAGUGGAUGAGGGGAGGGCUAGGAAGGAGGUAGUGCCUACUGCUUCAGCUGAGACGGGGGAGGAUGUGCCACAGUUGAAGAGGAAGGGUUGGGAGGAGAGGAGGGCACUAGAGAAGAAGAAGAAGGUGGUGGAGGAAGAGGGGAGUGGGGUGCCUGAGUUCGUACCUCAGCCUCCUCCUGUUGAGCUGAACCCUGAGCUCAGACGGUUGGAGGAGGGGGCUGAGGUACGAGCUCCUGGUAAGGGAAAGGGCCCUGUUACCCCGGCGGUGCCUCAGAGUAGCCUGUUCGAGGCGAAGAACGUAAUGGGGGCUAGGUGGUUUAUCAACAGCACCUUCCCUGAAGUGGACAAGCGCAACGCGCGGGAGGAAGUUCUGAGGUACGGGGGAGCAUCCGUUGUGAAGCACGUCCUUGAGAGCGCGAGCUGGGUGAAUGGUCUAGCCCAGGAGUUUAGGGAGAGUGUCAAGGAGCGCGCACUCUUGCAGAGGCAACGAGACCAGCUGCAGAAGGAGAAGGAAGAGUUGGAGAAAAAGAAUAAGGAGCUGCAAGAGUCUCUGAACGAGGUGGUUCUAGCUAUGAAGCAGUUGGAGCAGGAGAGGUCUUCCCUAAGCACCAAGCUCGUCUUUGAGGAGAGCAAACGAAGGAUCUCUGAAAGCGAGCGUGAGGCUCAGGCGCAAGAAAUAAGGCUGAUGACGGAGGCAUUCAAGGAGCUGAAAGGGAACAUGCAGAAGUUGGUGCAUAAUGGAAUGAAGGAACACAUCAGCAACUUCCUCAGUUCCAGCUGGUUUGACAGCAUUGUCAACUUAUACCGGCUGCCCACUGCCAUCAUCGCUUUCACGGACUGCAGGAAGAAGGUGAAGGCUGCAUAUCCCGAAGUGGAUGUGACAAAGGUCACCUUCGGUGAGCAAGAAGAAGGAGUGGAGGAAGAUGGUGAGAGCAUGUCAGCAGACUUCCGUCCUCAGAUCAAACUGAGGUGGGAGGAUGAUGCAGACGAUCUUGCUGUUUUUCCUUCACAGUUCGACUUCGAGUUCCUUGCAGUGGAGGAAGAAGAAGCAGAGGUAGAGGAAAACGAAGUGGAGGCAAGAGUAGAAGGAGCUGGAGUGGGUGAUAGUCAACCAAUUCCAGAAGUGAAAUUCAUCCAGUUCCUUCUGACGAUGAGGAGCCUCCUCUGCCAGACGAGCAGCAGCCAACACAGCCACCUCUUCUAGCUGAACAGGAGCCAGUGGAGCCACCUCUCCCAGAAGAAUAAUUUGUUUGUUUUUAAUUUUUUAAUUUUUGUAAAGACAUUUAUAGCUUGUAAUCUUUAUUUUAAUUGAAAUGAAAAUUUAUAUUUGAAAUCAUGUCUUUAUUUUUGGUAUUAUGUUUUAUUAAUAAAAGAACUGAGAUUGC